CUAUUUAAUUCAAUUUUCUUUGAUUAUCAAAAGCUCAUAAGUCCGGACGAUUGUGCUCAAAGAAUUUUAUAGAUUUUGACGGUCAAAUUUUGAUGUGCUUGCCUUCGGACGUUUGUUUUUGAAAAGGCUAUUGAGUAAAGAUUUAAAAGCUGUGAUGGCGUCUGGCUCAUCCAGCACUGCAGCUGCUGAGGCUCGCAUCAAAGAGCUACUGAAGGAACUCUACCAUUUGAUACAUGAAGUUCAGGAUGAACGAGCGAGAGGAGAACAUAACUUGACAAACAUCACGAAGACACAUGAGCGGAUGCAGGCCGAACAAAGAAUCUCCCCAUACUACAAGAACAAGUUAAGAGGCCUGUACACAACAGCUAUGCAAGACGCCGAAGCAGAGGCUGAGUUAUUGAGAAGAGCCUUGGACAAAAUUGGAGAAAUAAAAGGAAUACGUGAGAACAGAAGAUUAGGAGAUUCGGACCGCCCUAAACAGAUAUUACGCCGUGGGGUGUUGAUGACGAUGUUACAACAGAACGCUGUUACACUACCACUGUGGGUGAGCAAGCCUGGAGAAAAACCCCCUCAGUUAUGUGGUGCAGUGCCAGCUGACAACAAUUACGUGGCCAAACAAGGAGACAAGGUGGCUGCUAGGGUCAGGGGCUCCGAUGGUGAGGAGAAUUGGAUCUUAGCAGAAGUAGUCUCAUUUUCAUCCUCAUCAAACAAAUAUGAAGUGGAUGAUAUUGAUGCUGAGGAAGACAAAGAACGGCACACACUAAGCAAGAGACGGAUAGUUCCUCUGCCCAUAUGGAAGGCUAAUCCAGAAACUGACCCAGAAGCUCUCUUCCCCAAAGACACUUUGGUCUUAGCCCUAUAUCCGCAGACAACAUGUUUUUACCGAGCCCUUAUUCAUGAGCCGCCUAAAAGGCCUCAAGAUGACUACUGGGUGUUAUUUGAGGAUACAUCAUACCCCGAAGGCUACUCCCCACCCCUGACUGUAGCUCAGAGAUAUGUCAUAGCCUGUAAAGAGGACAAGUCCAAGAAAUGACACUGCGGAGAAUGCUAGUUCUUUGUACCAUAAUUUUACUGCUGUGUACAUACAUUGUAAUUUGUGUCACAGAAGCCAGGGUAUAUGAAUAGAACUUCAAAUUACAACAUUUAGAAUUAAGGUGUAGGCUUGCUUCAGCGUUAAAACACAAGAUUUUAAAACUUUUUAAUGUCAAUGCUGUCCAUUGUUCUCUUACUAACAUUCGUGGAGGACUGUCAAAUCCUUUUCUUUUACAUCAGAAGUUAUUGCUCAACUCAUAUUGAGAAAAUCAUCUUACUGAUAACAGUCCAGUUUAAAACUUCAUGUAUUUGCCUCUAUAGGUUUGAAAUAUUUGAAUCUGCAAAACAACAGUUUUAUGGCAAAGAAGUGUCAUUAAUACCAGGACUGUUCUGUAGAUACAUGCAUAUUGUAGGUUAUCAUAACUGGCUUUGUGAAAGGACCAUAUUUGGAAUAUUUCUGAUGAACUACCGGAAAUAGGGUUCACCAGCCCUCUACCAAGGGAAGCAAAUCUUGUAACUCAGAAAACAGCAGGGUCUUGAAAAACAGUACAUGUACCCGUGAUUUCAAGAGCAGAAGUUAUCAUAAAUAAUCAUAGCUGGCGUUUUUAUGCCAGGACGUAGAGGGCACUGCAGCUUUGAAGAGUUACAAGAUUUGCUUCCCUUACCAGAGGGCUGGUGAACCCCAAUAUAUAUAUACAGUAUAUAUAAUCACCAUCAAGAGAUAAGAUAAUCUGGAAAUAACUGUGUACAUUUCUGGAAAUCAUAGGUGCAAAAUCAUUCACAUAUCUUCUUCAAAUUUCCACCGAGGUUUGCUCAUUUACAGCACUUUAUCAAUUAGAGGUAGGUACAAUAAUCAGGACGCUAUCGUUGUGUGGCAUUCAGCUCUAGAUUGUAUGAACAGUCCAUUAACAAAGCUUUAAUGAAUGCCUGAACUAAAAUAUGUCUCUCGAUAUGACAUGGUGUACAAUAAAUAUUGUAUAAUGGAAAA